UGACGCACCAAUCAUCUUGCGACAGUUUAACCUUCAAGUGCUCGCAACCUCCGCCAGUGAACGGUACUCCUGGACGUUGCCCAUUCAAGGCCAUCAAAACGAAAGAGCGGGGAAGUCUGGAGGAACCUUACAUUGUAGAGUAGUAAUUUCACUGAAAUCAUGUAUUCAGUAAACAUUUGGAUUGUUUUAGUAUAUUCUUGUACUUUGAUUAUUCAAAGUAUUGUUGUGUCUUCAUUUAAUAUAACUUCAGAUGUAAUAUAUUGCAACCAUACAAGUUUAUAUCAAAUAUCAGUUAAGAAUCAAACACAUACAUUAUGGUAUUUAAUAUCUGCCAGUCAACAUCAUCCGCCUUCUCUAAUAUUAAUACACACUACUGAAAAAUCUAAAGUCAAUGUGGAUUGUUCCAAAUUUGAUGAUAAUAAUACGUUAAACUAUAGGCAUUCAGUUUCAGUUAAUAAUUCUAUCCAAUCUUACGGAUUAAUAUUACAUAGGAUAAUUCGUUAUCGUGAUAUAAAUGAUGAAACAAUUGCUCCUGACACAGGAAGUCAAACAGAAACAUUUUUAGGAAGUAAUUUAAACUGGAAAAAUUCAUCAUUUAAGAAUAAUUCAAAUGAUGAUCAAAUCAAUAUCGAAUUUGAAGCUACACAAUCGUUAGAUUCUCAUGAGAAAAUAGACGGUGUUAUUAAAUUGAAUUUUAAAGUGUAUAAAACAGCGGAACCACGACAUAAAGAAAUGUAUUAUAGAAUUGAGAAUGCUUUAAGUAUUUUUAUUGAAUUAAUAUUGGACAAAGUGGAAGUAAUAAAUUCAAAUGAUAAUUUUUCACCUGUUCUAUUAAUUUUUUCCAAUCAUUCACUUAUGGACAAUUCAUAUUAUUGGAAUAAAACAACUAUUCAAAAAUAUUGUGAAGAUGGUCCUUUGGGCAAAAUAAAAUCACCAUUUAUCCAAUUGGGAUUGGAAGUAUCAAAAGAUAAUAAAUUAAUUCAAUGUACAUGGCCUAAUGCUUACUUACAAUUUCCUGCAGCUUAUUGGAUUGAUCGUGAAAAUACUGAAGCUCAAUUAGUACGACUUGGUAUUGCACGCCCAAUUGAUCAUCGUUAUGUUAAGCCAAAAUCAUAUCAUUUUAGUUUACCAUUUGCUUUGUACGGUGAUCGAUUUAAUCAAAUUCAUAGUCAGUCAACUGAAAAUCAAGUUGCUGUACGUGAAUUAAUUAUCAAUUUAGGCAGUCCUCAUUCGAAACAUUACUAUGCUGACACAAAUUAUUCAUCAUGGAUUGUCAUUGCCGGCCUAGGUGAUCCUGAUAUUGUACCACCAAAUGAUGAUGAUGACAAAAAUAAUAGCAACGAAAAUUCAAUUAUUUCAGCGUUUAUUUGUGGAUUAUUGAUUAUUAUUGGCGCAAUCAGUAGUGUUUCUGUAAUACGUCGAAUACAACGUAGACAUUAUCAAAGAAUAUCUGAAUUAAAUAGUAGUGGUAAUAAUAAUGAAGCUAUUAAUAGUCAUUCACCAAUAAUGGUACAAGAACUAUCAUCAAUAAAUGACAAUCGUAUAGUUGAACCAUAUCAAUAUGAAAAAUUAAUUGGUCAACCAGAUUAUGAACUAAUCAGAAAUAAUUAUCAUACUAUAACUAAUGAAAAUAAUUAUUUACCAAAUAAUAAUAUAUCUAAUGUCAAUUGGGUUAAUGCUCCACCUUCAUAUGGAUCUGUUACAAAGGAUUAUUAAAGAUUCAAUGAUUAAACUGUAUACUACUACUAUUAAUACCACUAGUAGUAGUAGUAGUAACAAUUCAAGCAUCAUCUCCAUCCUGUUGGUAUUUUUUUGGUAUUCAUAUUUAUCCCCGGUAUCUUCUAAUUAUUAUUAUUAUCAUUAUUAUUAUCAUUACUAUUAUUAUUUUUAUUACGAACACAUGUAUUGCCCGGUCUAAUCAACACAUUUUAGAUACUUUAAUUCUUCAAUUAUAUAAUUAUUACAAUA